AUGACUACGGCCAAGAUCGACAGGCCGAAGAAAGUUCCGGCUAUAAUGUUUUCGAGUGACCAUUUAAAGGGAGUAGUCCCACAUGAAGAUGAUCCCAUAGUCUUGUCUGUUAUCAUGAUGGGAAGGAAUGUUCAUAGAGUGCUAGUUGAUCAGGGGAGUUCUGCCGAUGUGAUGUUCUGGAACACCUAUGCAGGGCUGCAAAUACCGACAGACCAAUUAAAGCCAUUUGACGGAGUACUUGUGGGUUUCUCAGGAGAUCAGGUGGAAGUUAAAGGGUAUGUUGAUCUUCGAACGACUUUUAGAGACAAAGAAGAUGCAAAAACUAUAUUUAUACGAUAUAUAGUUGUCAACGCACCUUCAUCAUACAACUUACUACUAGGAAGGCCUUCUCUCAAUAAAUUGGGAGCAGUAGUAUUGACGGUCCAUCUGAAGAUGAAGUUUCCUUUUGAUGAUGGGAAGGUGCUCACUUUAUCAGUAAAUCAGGAGGUCGCUCGCAAAUGUUAUGAAGAUAGUCUAAGGUCAAGGAGGAAAGUUGCAUAUUCAGUCAGCACAACGGAGGUAGUCAUAGAUCCCGAGUUAGAUCCUAGACUAGUACAUCCUGAGAGAAGGCCUCAGCCCGUGGGGGAGGUAAAAGAAGUACUCAUAGAGGGUAAAAAAUUAAGAAUUGGAGGGGAUUUGAGUUUAGAGCAAGAGCAAGAGCUUAUACAAGUACUGAAGAAAAACCUUUCUUCAUUUGCUUGGAGUGUAGCAGAUGUGACGGGAAUAGAUCCCGAUUUUUUAUGCCAUAAACUCAACAUUAAUCCUUCGGCUAAACCUAAAGUUCAAAAGCGUAGACGGUUGAGUGGAGAUCGUGCCCAGGCAGCUACCGAGGAGAUAUGUAAGAUAUUAGAAGCGGCUCAUAUACGGGAGAUACAAUAUCCGACUUGGUUAGCAAAUGUGGUGAUGGUGAAAAAGUCCAAUGGAAAGUGGAGAAUGUGCGUGGAUUUUACAAAUUUAAAUAAUGCAUGCCCAAAGGAUUCGUAUCCUUUGCCUAAUAUAGAUGCAUUAGUUGAUAGUGCAUCGGGUUGUGCUUUGUUAAGUUUCUUGGAUGCUUAUUCAGGCUAUAAUCAGAUAAAAAUGCAUUCAUUAGAUGAAGAUAAGAUAACAUUUAUGGGAGGAACGACUAAUUACUAUUAUCGGGUAAUGCCUUUUGGGUUAAAGAAUGCGGGAGCCACCUAUCAAAGGUUAAUGGACCGAAUUCUGGCGUCCAUGUUGGGGAGGAAUGUGCAUGCGUAUGUGGAUGAUAUGGUGGUUAACUCGGUAGAAGAGAAGAAGCAUCAGGGAGAUCUGGAGGAAUUAUUUGUCACAAUCAACAAAUACAGACUCAAACUUAACCCUGAGAAGUGUGUUUUUGGGGUUAAGGCAGGGAAGUUUCUGGGUUUCUUGCUUACCGAGAGGGGAAUAGAAGCUAAUCCAGAUAAAUGUGCAGCCAUCAUAAACAUGAGGAGUCCAAGCAAUGUUAAAGAAGUACAAAGAUUGACGGGGAGGAUGGCGGCCUUGUCCCGUUUUCUUGCUAAAAGUGGAGAUCGGGGUUUUCCCUACUUCCAAUGCUUGAAGAAAAAUGAAAAGUUUCAAUGGACCGAUCAAUGUGAGGAAGCUUUCCAAAAAUUAAAAGAGUAUCUAGGUAAACCACCAGUAUUGUGCAAGCCCGAGAAGGGCACUGAUCUAGUGUUAUACAUUUCGGUGACCGAGCAUGCAGUCAGUUCGAUGUUGGUACGAGAGUGUGGUGGGGAUCAGAAGCCUAUGUAUUUCGUGAGUAAAGUGCUUCAUGGUGCUGAGGUGAGAUAUCCAACUAUAGAGAAAGCCACGUUGGCUGUAGUAGUGUCUGCUCGCCGUUUAAGACAUUAUUUUCAAAAUCAUAGUGUCAAGGUGAUGACGGAUUUGCCGAUCAGGUACAUAUUACAAAAACCUGAUAUAUCGGGCAGGUUGGUUAAAUGGGCGAUAAAACUCUCGGAGUAUGGGAUACAAUAUGAAUCACAAGGGCCGAUCAAAGCUCAGUUUUUGGCUGACUUUUUAGUAGAGUUAUCUGAACCACCUGUUGCGGAUCAGCGCGUAAAAGAAAUAUCAUGGAUCCUAUCAGUGGAUGGGGCUUCUAAUUUAAGAGGGAGUGGUGCUAGUAUAGUUUUGGAAGGGCUAGAAGGAGUCUUGAUUGAACAAUCGUUGAGAUUUGCUUUCAAAGCUAGUAACAAUCAGGCAGAAUAUGAGGCUUUGAUAGCAGGGAUGCUUUUGGCUAAAGAGAUGGGUAUCACUAGGCUGUUAGUCAAAAAUGAUUCUGCAUUAGUAGCAGGUCAGGUGACCGGAGAAUUCCAGGCUCGUGAUCCACAAUUAGCUAAAUAUUUAGAGGUAGUCCAAUCUGUGGCGAAAAAUUUUGUUCUCUUUGAAUUUGUGCAUGUUCCGAGGGAACAAAAUUGCCGAGCUGAUUUGCUAUCCAAGUUGGCUAGUUGUUCGAAACCAGGGCAGCAUAAGUCGGUGAUAAGAGAAACGUUGGUAGCUCCUCGGGUUGAUACACAGGAGAAACAUCAGGUUUUAGAGAUUGAUAAGUGCCAAAAUUCAGAAAGAUCAAAGAGAAUUCAAGAAGAGUGA